AAUAGAAACUCCCAAGAGCAGCAGAAGAGAAGCCAUACAGACAAGCUGAUAACUCAAAGAAAUACUCUUUUGAGUUGGGGGUUCAGAGUGGAGCCAUCAUGAGCGAUGUUACCAUUGUGAAGGAAGGCUGGGUUCAGAAGAGGGGAGAAUAUAUAAAAAACUGGCGGCCAAGAUAUUUCCUGCUAAAGACAGAUGGUUCUUUCAUAGGCUAUAAGGAGAAGCCCCAGGAUGUGGAUUUGCCAUAUCCACUCAACAACUUUUCAGUGGCAAAAUGUCAGCUAAUGAAAACAGAGCGACCAAAGCCAAACACAUUUAUUAUCAGAUGUCUUCAAUGGACCACUGUCAUAGAGAGGACGUUCCACGUAGACACUCCGGAGGAACGGGAAGAAUGGACAGAAGCAAUCCAGGCUGUAGCAGACAGACUUCAGAGGCAGGAAGAGGAAAGGAUGAACUGUAGUCCAACUUCACAAAUAGACAAUAUAGGUGAAGAGGAGAUGGAUGCUUCAACAACUCAUCAUAAAAGAAAGACAAUGAAUGACUUUGAUUAUUUAAAACUACUGGGCAAAGGCACGUUUGGCAAAGUUAUCCUGGUCCGAGAGAAGGCUAGUGGGAAAUACUAUGCUAUGAAGAUUUUGAAAAAAGAAGUAAUUAUUGCAAAGGAUGAAGUGGCUCAUACACUUACAGAAAGCAGAGUAUUGAAAAACACCAGACAUCCUUUUUUAACAUCCUUGAAAUAUUCCUUCCAGACAAAGGAUCGUUUGUGUUUUGUGAUGGAGUAUGUUAAUGGAGGAGAGCUGUUUUUCCAUUUGUCGAGAGAGCGGGUGUUCUCAGAGGACCGCACACGCUUCUAUGGUGCAGAAAUUGUCUCAGCUCUGGACUAUCUGCAUUCUGGGAAGAUUGUGUACCGUGAUCUCAAGUUAGAAAAUCUAAUGUUGGAUAAAGAUGGGCAUAUAAAGAUUACAGAUUUUGGACUUUGCAAAGAAGGAAUCACAGAUGCAGCAACUAUGAAAACAUUCUGUGGUACUCCAGAAUACCUGGCACCUGAGGUGUUGGAAGAUAAUGACUAUGGUCGUGCAGUGGACUGGUGGGGAUUAGGAGUUGUCAUGUAUGAAAUGAUGUGUGGAAGAUUGCCUUUCUACAACCAAGAUCACGAGAAACUAUUUGAACUGAUACUAAUGGAGGACAUAAAAUUUCCUCGAACUCUAUCUGCAGAUGCAAAAUCAUUACUUUCAGGCCUACUGAUAAAAGAUCCAAAUAAGCGACUUGGUGGAGGCCCAGAUGAUGCAAAAGAAAUCAUGCGUCAUAGUUUCUUUGCUGGAGUAAACUGGCAAGAUGUAUAUGAUAAAAAGCUUGUACCUCCUUUUAAACCUCAAGUGACAUCUGAGACAGACACCAGGUAUUUCGAUGAAGAAUUUACAGCUCAGACUAUUACAAUAACACCGCCUGAAAAAUAUGACGAGGAUGGUAUGGACUGCAUGGACAAUGAGAGGCGGCCGCAUUUCCCCCAGUUUUCCUACUCUGCAAGUGGACGAGAAUAACUUUUUUGUUCUGCUGCUUCACUGUCAUCUUAGGUUUAUCACUGAAAAUGAUUCCUGAACAUCACCACCAGUUCUAGAUACCGUUUAAGAUAGCAGGGGCACUUUCAGAGACCAUUCCAAAUUGAACAAAUUUCUUUCCCAAACCUACCUAAAAUCCGUUUUGGUUUUGCAUGAAAUACGGUAUUUCUCUACGCUCUCCCGCUGUUGCUGCUGCCCACCGUCUCAGUAUAAUAGCAACGUCAAGAAAUUACUCAAAGUUUCUUUCAAGGUAGAUGACCGUACGUCAGCGCUGUACACUUUGUGCACAAAUAGUCAUCUGAUUUUCCACGCAGUGGAGGCUAAACAAAAAAAUAUGUUGGUCCAGCUUAUCUUCUUCUAGAAGAUGAAUCAAAAUUGUACUUAGUCUAAAAAAGACUAGUCUAUAAUAUUUUCUUGCAUCUGUUUGUGCUGUUUAGAACAAGGAAACACGGGGGUGGUGAUGUACAUAUGCAAGGUUUUUGUUAGGCAUAUCAUUACUUGAAGCAGGUCUCUGUCAAUAACAUCUGGCUGAAAUUUGCUCGGGAAACGUUUGAAAGAAGGAUUUAAACUGUUGAUAUAUAUAAAUAUAUAUAUAUAUUAUUUUUUAAUUACUGUUGGAUACUACAGAAGAAGCAGAAGGGCUGGCUCACCCAGCCUGCCACUUAGAACUUCCAGGUUCAUGUGCAAUCACGGAGAAUCAAACAUUAUACAUGCAAGAAAUGAAGGCAUAAAAGCAGCAGUUGAAGUUCUUUAAGGGGUCUUAUAAUUUGCACCAGAUAACAUCUAUCUCAUGCUUUUCUUUUUCUUUCAUGAUAUACAUCACCUCUGAUGGCUGAAGAAUGUAGACAGGCAUAAUGGUAUUGCUUUUCACCCAAAUGUGUGCACCAGGGUAAAAAGGUGUUUGCCUUACUUUGAGUUUGUGAAUUAGCUCUUUCUCCAGGUGUUUAACUCUGAAUUUUUUUUUUUUUUAACUUUUUUUUUUUGGUUAUGCUGCGGUAGUAUUUAUUUUUAGAGAUAAGGAUUGUAUGUGUCAUGUUUGCAAAUGCUGCUACAUCUUAGAUAGAACAGGCUUAGAGCAGUUAAUUUUGUUGUAAUAUAUGGAAGGACUGUACAAGCUGAAGGGGAUAACGCACUUUUGUCCAAUGUGGAGAUAUUAGCAAGGCUCUGAAAUUGUACAUACUGCUUAGAAUCAGAUUUUUGUGAGUGAAAUACUGUCUUUUAAUUCUCUGGCAGUGGAGACGAGGAAUUCCAACUUCACGUGUCAAAGGAUUAAAACUAACUAAAUAAGAACACUACAUCUUGUGCUGUAUUCAGGAUAAAGAUACUGUAAAAAGCCUGAGAGCACAAUAGAAAAUUUCUAUUCUAUGUGAGGGAAACAUCUGAACAAUGAGACCACCGUGAUUACAAGAAAAGCACUUUAUUCUGAUAAUUCACAUAGUAAAUUUCUGGGAUCAGCCAUUGUCAAGGAAAGCUUGCCCUCGAGAAACCCAGCAUGUCAUCCGUGACUGUGGUACCAGAUUGACUGAGUUUAAGACAUUGCGAGAAACACUGCCGCUAGGAAGAUGUCUUUCCACGUCUGAAGAUCUGUACCUAACAGAGCAUGUGCAUAAACUUUAGCUUUUUUCUUCAGCAAUGAUAAUCUUAAUAAUAAACCCGUUGGUGCUAGGAGCUGGGAUGUUAUGCAGUGCAGGGAUGUGCACCGCGCUCUUGCUAAUGACAUCCGAGAACCCCAACUCCAUGGGAUUAUCAUUGGAAGUAUCUCUGUGUUUGUAUCUUUUUAGCUCCCACAAAGACUGUGAUAUCAGAACAUUGCGCUGUGUGAGUGAGGGGAUGAGUCUGAAAGGAGACCAUACCAGAUGCCUCCUUAGCCCCUUGAUGUGGAGUUGAGUGUCCCGGCGUGAAGCCCACUGCUGGCAGUGCACGUGCUGGGACUGACAAGGGGCAGUCGGGCAUUUCAGCAAGGCAGCUAAAGACGCAGACUAGUUUAGACAAUUUUUAGUGUUUUAUCUUUAGCGAUGGACGGAUAAUCAGUUAGAACUGUAUCACGAUGUAUAUGCUAAGUACAUAGGAUCUGAUGCUGUCACCUUCUAACACUAUAUGUGUAAAGAUUAUCCCUCUGUACGGAGUGAGCGCAGUAAAUGCAUGGCAGGUCUGUAGAAGUGUCUGCGCUGACAGUGAGUGAGUGACUGAAGUAACUGAUGACGCAGUAGAUGGGCAUUAUAAUUUUCUGCAAAGGCCUCAAGCUUAAGAGGCUGAAACUAUGGUGGUUCAAAAUCUGUGUUCCGUGCCUGUGGUGUUAUUUUUUUCCAACGUUUUCAGCUUAUAACAGCAAUAAGGUUUUUGACACAGGGCACCUAUAGUUCUUGGCUGAGUGGAGCUGUGCCUCUGGCCAACCCUUCCUCAUGCUGAGAAGAAAGGGGCCCUGUGGGUGGGUUUGAUUCAUCAUUGCAUAGCUCGUUAGAAUGCAGUUUGCAGUAAAUAUCUGUCGUGAAUUCUUUGGAAACCUCUUAAGGCUUCAUUCAACUUGCAUUGUGUUGCUGCCUUCCAAAGUCUCAUUCAUCAAGUAUAUACUAUGAAGAGUUAGCAGUCAUUUAAUGCUGCCCCAGGCUGGGGGAUUCUCUCUGAGCAGUGUUAGAAAUGGAUGAAAGAAGAAUUCAGGCUGUGCUGAGAGAAACUUUGGAAGCUCUUUUUUUCCCCACUUGCGGUUGUAGUUGGACUUGGGCAGCACAUGGUGGUGGCUGGGUACCUGAUGAGCCUUCUGAGCACAGUACAUUUCAGAUGCUGACUCCAGCUUGUACUGACUUCCAUGACAUACACUAUGCCCUCUUGUACUGCAGCCAUCUUGGAGAAAUACGUCAUUUCUGUUUGGGUUUUGGCAGUUUUGCACACAGCUUUGCUUUCCACACGAAUCCAUCUUCCAGUACAUUCCUGUUGCUUAAAGAACAUUUAUUCCAGUAUUGUUUUCCAUUUUUUCCAUCUAUCCUCGCGGCUUCUUAAAGCUGACUGUUCUUGCAGGGGCCAUGUGCUUCUCCUAGAGUACAAAAGUAAGGUGUCUCCUUACUAACUGCAGGGUCUAUAUAUUACACCUCAGUGUACACACUUUGCUGCUACUGUUUGUACUGUCUACAGUAGAAUUUCCUUAUCUUGCUCCUGGUAGUGCAUUACAGGCAAGCAUGAAAUGUAAAGUAUUUAUUUAAAUAAAAACCUCUAAAUUGGUAAUUGAAUUACCUCCCUGUAGCUUUAGAGUUUGUGACAUUUCUUGACCUUGCUAGUUCUUUCAUUAGAUCCAUGCAAGAUCUAGUCAUAUGGUUAAGGAUAUUAAGCAGACACGACUAUGAACCCAAGAAACCGUAUUACUGUUGGUCAUACUUAAACUGUUUAUUUCCUUAAGUAUAUGACCCACAAGGAUGUGAAAUAACUACAAGAAACUGUUUUUGUACACUGUACAUCCUUAGUAUUUUUACACAUAUAUGAUAGGGAUGCACAUUAUUUUCCUUCGUACAGACAGCUUAAAUAAAGCACUAUGUCAAUCUGCUA